CCUCUCCUUCUCCCCUCCCUCCUCGCCCCCCUCCCCUUCCCCUCGCAUCCUUGGAAGCAACAAUUAAGCAGCUCUGGGAUAAAACACACAGCCCGCGGGAGCACGGGGGCAUUGCUUCAAGAGAUGGCAAGGCAGGCAGCUGCACCCCUCCUCCCCGGAGUCCUCCUCCUCCUCUCCAUCCUCCCGGCUACUCAGCAAGGAGGGGUUCCUGGUGCUAUCCCGGGAGGGGGAGUCCCCGGAGCAGGCUUUUUCCCAGGUGCUGGAGUUGGAGGUUUGGGAGCAGGACUCGGGGCUGCAGGAAAACCUCCCAAACCAGGGGUCGGAGGACUUGGGGGGGUCGGAGGACUUGGGGGACUCGGCCCCCUUGGCCUGCAGCCAGGUGCUGCGGGUCUGUUCCCUGGAGCCUUCCCUGGGGCGGCGUUCCCGGGAGCCGCCUCGGCCGCGGCGCUCAAGGCUGCAGCCAAAGCUGGUGCUGGCAUUGGAGGCGUGGGUGGAAUUGGUGGUCCUGGUGGCCUCGGGGUCUCCACAGGUGCCGUGGUACCGGGCGCGGUGCAGCCCGGCCUUGGCGCGGCAGGGAAACCCCCUAAAAUACCAGGUGCUGGGAUUCCUGGAGCUUUUCCGGGCGGCGUGCUCCCCGGCGCAGGUGUUCGCUUCCCUGGCGUGGGAGUGCUGCCCGGGGUCCCCACUGGAGCUGGAGUCAAGCCUAAAGCCCCAGGAGCUGGAGCCUUUGGAGGAAUUCCCGGACUGGGAGGUUUUGGAGGUCAGCAGCCCGGUGUCCCUCUGGGUUAUCCCAUCAAAGCUCCUAAGCUCCCAGGUGGCUAUGGACUGCCCUACACCAAUGGCCUCAGGCCGGGCGGGAUAGGAGCCGGCCUCCUGGCAGGAAAGGCAGGAUACCCCACCGGGACAGGGGUCGGAGCACAGGCAGCAGCAGCGAAGGCAGCAGCAAAACUCGGAGCUGGGGUCCUGCCCGGUGUUGGCGGCAUCCCAGGAGUUGCACCCGGUGUUGGCAUCGGCGGUGUCCCAGGAGUUGGAGUCGGAGGACCGGCAGCGGCGGCGGCAGCGGCGAAGGCAGCGGCAAAGGCGGGAGCUUUUGGUGCCGGGGCAGUGCCCGGAGUCGGAGGUGUCCCUGGCUUGGUGCCCGGUGUCGGAGGUGUCCCCGGGGCGGUGCCCGGGGUGGCAGGGGUGCCGUCGGCAGCAGCAGCAGCAAAGGCAGCUAAGUACGGCGCCGGCGUUCCCGGUGUCGGUGUGGGCGGCGUCCCCGGCCUGGUGCCCGGUGUCGGAGGUGUCCCUGGCUUGGUGCCCGGUGUCGGAGGUGUCCCCGGGGCGGUGCCCGGUGUCGGAGGUGUCCCCGGGGUGGCAGGGGUGCCGUCGGCAGCAGCAGCAGCAAAGGCAGCUAAGUAUGGCGCCGGCGUUCCCGGUGUCGGUGUGGGCGGCGUCCCUGGCCUGGUGCCCGGAGUCGGAGGUGUCCCUGGCUUGGUGCCCGGUGUCGGAGGUGUCCCCGGGGCGGUGCCCGGUGUCGGAGGUGUCCCCGGGGUGGCAGGAGUGCCGUCGGCAGCAGCAGCAGCAAAGGCAGCUAAGUACGGCGCCGGCGUUCCCGGUGUCGGUGUGGGCGGCGUCCCCGGCCUGGUGCCCGGAGUCGGAGGUGUCCCUGGCUUGGUGCCCGGUGUCGGAGGUGUCCCCGGGGCGGUGCCCGGUGUCGGAGGUGUCCCCGGGGUGGCAGGGGUGCCGUCGGCAGCAGCAGCAGCAAAGGCAGCUAAGUACGGCGCCGGCGUUCCCGGUGUCGGUGUGGGCGGCGUCCCCGGCCUGGUGCCUGGAGUCGGAGGUGUCCCUGGCUUGGUGCCCGGUGUCGGAGGUGUCCCCGGGGCGGUGCCCGGUGUCGGAGGUGUCCCUGGGGUGGCAGGGGUGCCGUCGGCAGCAGCAGCAGCAAAGGCAGCUAAGUACGGCGCCGGCGUUCCCGGUGUCGGUGUGGGCGGCGUCCCCGGCCUGGUGCCCGGAGUCGGAGGUGUCCCUGGCUUGGUGCCCGGUGUCGGAGGUGUCCCCGGGGCGGUGCCCGGUGUCGGAGGUGUCCCCGGGGUGGCAGGAGUGCCGUCGGCAGCAGCAGCAGCAAAGGCAGCUAAGUACGGAGCUGGUGUUCCUGGCAUCGCUGGCGUUCCUGGUGUUCCUGGUGUUCCUGGAGUUCCCGGUGUCCCUGGUGUUCCUGGUGUUCCUGGCGUGCCUGGGGUUCCUGGUGCUGUUCCUGGUGUUGGAGUUGGUGGCCCGGCAGCAGCGGCCGCAGCCAAGGCUGCAGCGAAAGCAGCAGCGAUCGGAGCAGGACGUGUUCCCGGUGUUGGCGUUCCCGGUGUUGGCGUGCCCGGAGUUGGCAUUCCCGGUGUUGGUGUUCCUGGAGUGGGUGUGCCAGGUGUUGGCGUGCCCGGUCUGGUGCCUGGGGUCGGCAUUCCAGGAGGUCCGGCAGCCGCUGCCAAAGCAGCCGCCAAAGCAGCCAAGUACGGAGCAGGUGGCCUGGCUCCUGGCGUGGGUGGCCUGGCUCCCGGCGUGGGUGGCCUGGCUCCCGGCGUGGGUGGCCUGGUUCCUGGAGUAGGUGGCCUGGUUCCUGGUGUUGGAGGUGUCCCAGGUGUUGGAGGUCCUGCAGCAGCAGCCAAAGCAGCAGCCAAGGCAGCCAAAUUUGGUGCCGGGGUUGGAGGGGUGCCAGGGGUGGUGCCUGGCGUGGGCGGAGUGCCCGGAGUGGCACCCGGUGUUGGUGGCGUGCCCGGAUUGGUGCCAGGGGUGGGAGUACCUGGAACUGGCAUCCUUCCUGGGGCAGGCAUCCCCCAAGUAGGGGUGCAGCCUGGUGCUAAACCUCCCAAAUUCGGUGUUCCUGGGGUUGGAGUCCCAGGGGUUGGUGGCCUCCCAGGUGGCCUUGGCGUCGGUGGGCUCGGAGUUGGUGGCCUCGGAGCUGCUGGGAAACCUCCCAAGCCAGGUUUUGGUGCUGGGGGACUGCAGCCAGGCGUUGGAGGUCCCGGCUUCGGCGUAUCACCGCUAUUUCCAGGUGGGGUCGGCGGCCUGGGAUUCGGCGGGAAACCCCCCAAGCCCUACGGAGGAGCUCUGGGUGCCCUGGGCUUUAGAGGCGCGGGCUGCGCGGCAGGGAAGUACUGCGGGAGGAAGCGGAAGUAACGCUCCAUCACCGAUCACCUCAUGAACUUUGGUGCUACUGCAUGGUCCAGAAUGUAAAUCCGAAGCAAAGCUGAGACACCCUCUCCUCCAGCCCCGGAGCCCCCCGUCCAUCCCGGGGCCGUUCCCCGGCAGCGCCCGGCCCCCCCCGGCCCUCGGUCCCGGCAGGGAGCGCGGAAUAAACUGCGGGGAGCAGCCGUCCCCCUUGGUGCUAUCGCUCUCUGCGGGAUUUGGGGGCCCCAGAGCUGACCCCCGGGGGGGCACAGGAUGAGGGGCACCCCACAUUGGAGGA